CAAACGGCCGCUGUGGCUCCGCCCCCUUAGAAUCGUAUAAGUAGCAGCCGCUCCCUUUCCUCCUCACUACUGCCUUCAGCAACCGAUUCUUCAACGUCGGACAAAAGGAGGAAUAACAACUAUAAAAAUGCGUGAGUGUAUUUCUAUGCAUGUCGGCCAGGCCGGAACCCAGAUGGGCAAUGCAUGCUGGGAGCUCUACUGCCUGGAGCACGGCAUCCAGCCUGACGGUCAGAUGCCGAGCGACAAGACCAUCGGCGGAGGAGACGACUCCUUCAACACCUUCUUCAGUGAGACUGGAGCUGGCAAACAUGUUCCCAGAGCCGUGUUUGUGGACCUGGAGCCGACAGUUAUAGAUGAAGUACGAACAGGGAUCUACCGCCAGCUCUUCCAUCCCGAGCAGCUGAUCACAGGCAAAGAGGAUGCAGCCAACAACUAUGCUCGCGGUCACUACACAGUCGGCAAGGAGAUCAUCGACUUGGUUCUCGACAGGACUCGCAAACUGGCUGACCAGUGCACGGGGCUCCAAGGUUUCCUCAUCUUCCACUCCUUUGGAGGAGGAACCGGCUCUGGCUUCACCUCCCUGCUGAUGGAGCGUCUCUCUGUCGACUACGGCAAAAAGUCCAAGCUUGAGUUUGCGGUUUACCCAGCUCCCCAGGUGUCCACAGCUGUGGUGGAGCCCUACAACGCCAUCCUGACCACCCACACCACCCUGGAGCACUCUGACUGCGCCUUCAUGGUCGACAACGAGGCCAUCUACGACAUCUGCCGCAGAAACCUCGACAUCGACCGUCCCUCCUACACCAACCUCAACAGGCUGAUUGGACAGAUCGUCUCCUCCAUCACCGCCUCCCUGCGCUUCGAUGGCGCCUUGAACGUGGAUCUGACUGAGUUCCAGACCAACCUGGUGCCCUACCCUCGUAUCCACUUCCCUCUGGCCACCUACGCCCCAGUUAUCUCUGCAGAGAAGGCCUACCAUGAGCAGCUCUCGGUGGCUGACAUCACCAACGCCUGCUUCGAGCCAGCCAAUCAGAUGGUGAAAUGUGACCCCCGCCACGGCAAGUACAUGGCCUGCUGCCUCCUAUACCGUGGUGAUGUGGUGCCAAAAGAUGUCAACUCUGCCAUCGCCACCAUCAAAACAAAGCGCACUAUCCAGUUUGUGGACUGGUGUCCCACAGGCUUCAAGGUUGGCAUCAACUACCAGCCACCCACUGUGGUUCCUGGAGGAGACCUGGCCAAGGUGCAGAGGGCCGUGUGCAUGCUGAGCAACACCACCGCCAUCGCAGAGGCCUGGGCUCGCCUCGACCACAAGUUCGACCUGAUGUACGCCAAGAGGGCCUUCGUCCACUGGUAUGUUGGAGAGGGAAUGGAGGAGGGGGAGUUCUCAGAGGCCAGAGAGGACAUGGCUGCCCUGGAGAAGGACUACGAAGAGGUGGGCACUGACAGCGUCGGGGACGAAGGAGAGGAAGGAGAGGAAUACUAGGUCACUGAAGCAUCUGUAGCUCGCUGUGACCUCAUUGGUCCAUCGGUCCCAGAAAGAAAAGCCAAACACCAAGAAGUGUUUUUAUUGCUAAGCAAUAUUGGACUCAUUCCCUAAAUUCUGCACAUUCCAGUGAGCUACGAGUGUCCUGCCUCAUUUGAAAAAUAAUGCAGGCAAAUAAACGAGCAUAAAGUAA